GUCUGUAGUUAUCAAAAAAUUAUUGUUUGAAACAGAAGUUCAGCUCAUCAUUGAAGAUCAAGAAAUAGUAACUAUUUUAUUUUUGGUAACUAAUUCUACUUUAGAAACUCUAAGCACUAGUAAAUUUCUCAAAAGGAAAUAUGAAGAAGAAAUGAAGUUGUGGUAA